AUGAUAUCUACAGGGAAUUAUCCAGUAGCUCAACAGGUAUACUUUUCAACUCAUAAUGCUUUAAGAGCUGGGAUAAAUGAUAUGCAGAAAUUUUCCUUGUGUAUAGAUGAAUUAGAUGGAUCUAAACGUAUUUUUCUUUCUAUAUACCCUUUCUAUGAUUGUCAAAUGGUAAAACGUUUAGUUAUUAAAUAUUUAGAUCUUCCUAAGAGUACAGGGGUUCGUGAUAUUCAAUUAUUUUAUAGGGGAGUAGAAAUACCAAAUAAUAGACUAAUGCAAAUAUUUGAGAAACAGAGACGACCAUUACACUAUUCUUUACGUAUGAGUAAGACAGAUUUUGGAUUAAGAAGUACAGGAUUGAAAUUAUCUACAAAGAUACAAAAGAUUUUAGCUGAAGUACAAUUAGCUUUGAGUCGUAAUGUACACCCUAAAUUAACCCUUGAUGGAACUGGUGCAACAUAUAGGAUGUAUAAUGCAAUGGGACAAGUUGUAGCAAUGUUUAAACCAUUAGAUGAAGAGGCAUUUGCUCCUAAUAAUCCUAGAGGUUAUCAAGGAAAACUUGGGCAACAAGGAUUUAGAUCUGGAGUACUUUCAGGUGAAGGAGCAAGUCGUGAAGUUGCAACUGCAAUUUGGGAUGGUUACUAUCAUGGAUUUGCUGGUGUACCUGAGACUACAUUAUUAGAAGCUUCUCAUACUGCUUUUAAUUAUAAUAGUUGGAACAAAUUUACUUUACAAAUGGGUGAUAUUUUUGAUCCUGAGCCAGCUUUACCCAAAUUAAAAUCUAAUUCUUAUGAAAUAGGAUGGAAAUUAGGAGCAUUUCAAGAGUAUAUUGUCACAAGUGAGACAGUAGGAAAUUUUGAUUCAUGUGUAUUUAGUAUUAGAGAUGUUCAUAGAAUUGGUAUUUUAGAUAUUUGUCUUUUUAAUUUGGAUAGGAAUGACAGUAACAUACUAGUUAUACCUUUACAAUCUAAUUAUACAAUGAAAUUACCUAUUACAACACAUUUUGGUGAUAUUUCUGUAGCCUCUUAUGAAAGCCCUUUAAGUACACCUGAUGGUAGGAAAACAAAGUAUAAAUUAGUUCCGAUUGAUCAUGGUCUAUGUUUACCAGAUGUAUUAGAUGUAGCCCAAUUUGAUUGGGUUUGGUAUGAUUGGCCUCAUUCAAAUAUUCCAUUUAGUAAGACAGAAUUACGUAUAAUAAAAUAUAUGGAUCCUGAUGCAGAUGCAGAGAGACUUAAAAGAAAGCUUUUGAUUAGAGACGAAUGCCUUCGAAGUAUGCGUGUAUCUGUUAGAUGGCUUAAAUUAGCCUCUUCAAUGCAUUUAAAUCUUCAUCAGAUUGCACAAUUUUUGUGCCGUGAGGAUUUAGAGAUUCCAUCAUCAAUGGAGCAGCUAAUACAAAUUAGUUUACAACAAGCUUAUAGAACUUUGGAUGCUACUGCCCUAGUAUCAUCUAAUAGACUUGGACAUAUACAUAUUGAUCUUGCAACUACAUCUACAGCAGUUAAGGGUCGAAUUUCAAGAUGUCAAGAAGUUUCACCUAAAGCAAAUUCAGAUGGAAUUUCAAGUGCACGAGAGGAUAAUGGUACUGGUUCUUUAGAUUUAGAUAUCUCCACUGAAAAUUUCAAUUUAGAAUUUGAUUCUUCAUCUUUUACGAAUAGUGAUUCUUCAGCUGGAAGUUAUUUUAGUGAUGAUAUUAUAAAAAGUAAAUGGUGGAAACCCAAUAAGAGAAAAUCUAAAAUUAAGGAUUCUAAAUCUAUUAACCAAAAUUAUGAAUCUUCUAUUUUGGGAGGGAAUGAUAACACUUUGAAUUCUACUUUUACUAAAUCGGGAAUAAAUGGGACAGUUAGAAAUACUGCAUAUCGUAGACAAUUACUACUUAAAUUAGCUCCUCAAAAUGUGACUUGGUUACUAUUGGAUAGAAAUAAGAAACCAAUACCUGUUCAAUGGAAUGAAGAACAUUUUGAAAAGAUUUUUUUUGAGAUAUUAGAAGUAAAUAUGAAACAUUCUAUUAUUGAAAAACAUCCAAAUUGGGACUCAUACCCUUAUUUUGGAGAUGAUGAGAAAAAUUAUUACUAA